ACAGGUGAGUGUAGCCUAUAUUUCUACUGCAGCAACAAAAAUUGCUGGCAUGCCCUCCUUUUUCCUCAGAGUUAUAGAAUACUUUAGAUAACAUUACUGUGUUAAAAGUCAUUUUAUCAGAUAAUUCCAGUCAGUCCCAUAAGUCACAACUAGUUCUCUUAUUUCACUUAUGGUCAAAUUAAGAACUGUCACAUGAUAAAUAUGUGUUUUCAGGAACUCUUAACAUUCAGGGAUGUGGCCAUAGAAUUCUCCCCUGAAGAGUGGAAAUGCCUGGAUCCUGCCCAGCAGAAUUUAUAUAGAGACGUGAUGUUGGAGAACUAUAGAAACCUGGUCUCCCUGGGUUUUAUGAUCUCCAACCCAGACCUGGUCACCUGUCUGGAGCAAAUAAAAGAGCCCUACAACUUGAAGAUACAUGAGACAGCAGCCAAACCCCCAGGUCUCUUGACAGGAAGGACCACUUUUGGAUUAUAACUGAAGGAGUUUGAAAGAGGUUGCAGAACUGCUUCAUAAUCUUCAGUAAGACCAAGCUUGGUGCCCCAUUCCCUUGUCUGUAGCCAUGUCUGUGGACCCUUGAGUUGGCCACCUGGGUGAGGGCCUGCUUUUCCCAAAUAACCCUUUUUGAUCUUUGGCACCACUGAGGUUUCACAACCCUAACCGUAGGCAAGCACCUUUCUACUUCCGUUUUCCAGGAGUUUACUAUUUAAAAUAUCUUGUAUAUGUGGAAUCAUACACUGUUACUCUGUUGGUGUCUUAUUUCACUUAAAAUAAUGGCUUUAAGAUUUAUCCUUAUUGUAGCAACUGACGAGAUAUUUUCAUUUGAGGCUAAAGAAUAUUUCAUUGUAUGUAUAAGCCACAUCUUUUUAAAUCAUUCAUCUAUUGAAGGUGUUUGAGUUUUUUCACUUUUUGGCUUUUGUAAAUUAUAUGGUUUGGAUCUGUGUCCCCAUUCAAAUCUCAUGUCAAAUUGUAUUCCCUAGUGUUGGAGGUGGGCCUGGUGG